GUGAAUACAAAGUUAUGUGUCCCUAUCUUGGUGUUGAAGUCAAAUGUGAAAUGCGAACUUGUCAAGGCUCCAAGCUUUGUAAAUUUGCUACUUCUGAAUUUUAUAAUGAUCUUGUAUUACAAAUUACACAAAAAAUCUUAUCAAAUAAUAUUGAUAAUAAUACUUUUGA